UUGAUAUUUUUUGUAGGUUAGAAUUAGAAAUUUAAAGUAUAAUAGUGAGAAAAGGGAAUAAAAAGUUUUCAAAUAUCAGGCUCUUGAAAUGUGUGGGAGACUCUCAAUAUCAGUUGAGUUACAGUUACUCCUCGUUGAAGAUGUGCGAUGGAAACAGACCGAUGAUGGGAAGAGAGACGGUGGAUGAAUGAAGCCGAUGAUAGAGACUAAAUCAAUGUGAAAAAUGACUGCUUCAAGUCCGAAAGAGCUGCAACAAAACAGAUCUUUAGAAAAAGAUGCGGAAUUGGAGAAGGGAAAGGGGGGUGGCCAUGGACUACCGCCCAAUAAACAUCCAACAUCGUUUAUUGAGACGCUUGUGCACUUACUAAAAGGAUUCGUAGGCUCCGGAGUUUUUGCCUUGGGAGAGGGUUUCAAAAACGUUGGAUUAAUUCUUGGAACUGUGCUCACAGUAUUCAUUGGAAUUGCAUGUGUUUAUUGCGAACAUAUUCUGCUCAAAUGCUCGACAACACUGAAGAAAAGAAGGAAAUUGUCAUAUUAUCCAGAUUUCGCUGAAACUGUGGAGAUGUGCUUCGAAGAAGGCCCUCAAUCACUUCGCAAGUUUGCUAAAUUUACUGGGUCUAUUACAUAUUUUAUGAUCAUUUUCAUGCAGUUUGGAUUUUGUUGUGUCUACAUCCUCUUCAUCUCGAAUACAUCAAAAUAUAUUUCGGAUUCAUAUGGGUUGAACCUUGAUUUGCGUGUGCAUAUGUGCAUAAUGAUGGUUCCAUUAAUACUGUCAUCACUAGUCAGAAGUCUCAAGUAUAUUGUUCCAAUUUCGCUGACUGCAAAUUUAUGUAUGAUAUUUGGCAUUGCUUCCACAAUGUAUAUAGUGAUGCAAGAUUUGCCGCCUGUUUCUUCAAGGCGUUACAUAGGCGACUUGGGCAAUGUGCCUCUCUUCUUCGGAACAGCUGUUUAUUCUUUCGAAGGAAUCGGACUUGUACUUCCUUUGAAAAGAGAAAUGAAAAAUCCUAAGCAUUUUGAUCGACCAUUAGGCGUAUUAAAUUUAGGACUUGUGAUAAUUGUUUCUAUAUUUCUGAUGAUGGGAUUUUUCUCCUAUCUCAAGUAUGGAGACGAUAUUCAAGCUAGUGUAACAUUGAAUCUGCCUGAGAAACUGGUGCUAUCACAGAUGGUGAGAGUGGCAAUAGGAAUUGGAAUAUUGUUCACAUAUGCACUCAUGUUUUAUGUGCCAAUAGAACUGAUUUGGCCGAGGAUCGCAGCCAGGUUCGGUCCUCUGAGCAAGCCACUCCUCUCCGAACUCAUAUUUCGAAUAUUCAUGGUUUUUGUCACAAUCUGAGGAUCACAAUCAUAG